AUGGAGCCUCAGCCUCCUCAUACCAGCACCAAUGCUUCUUCUAGGACACCGGGGUCCUCUACUCUCGGUGUAGUCCGUCGACUUACCUGGACAUUCAUUUUACUCUUUCUCACUUUAACUGUCAUCAUCGCUAUAGCUUGGAAUGUCAUGGACCCACAUAAAACUCAUUUUCGAGUCAGCUCAAUCUCUGUGUCCAACUUCACUGUCUCUGAUUCAGAGCUAAAAGGCAUGUUCGAGGUUGAACUAAACAUAACAAACCCAAACAAAAAGAUAGAGAUGAUAGUUGAUCGUUUCUCUGUCUCGGUGUUUUAUGGAUCGGUGGGGCUCUCUGGGGCUAUUGUGCUGCAACCCAUUUACUUAAAGAAGUCAAGUGACCAAGAUGUGAAGAUUAAGUUUAGCUUAAGAAAUUCUUCCACCAAAUCAGCUUAUAAGGCUGUUUCUCAUGGUUUGGUUAAUGAUUGGAAUAAAGGGAUAGUGAACUUUGAUGUGAAAAUGUUGGCUAGAAUUGUAUUUGAAGCUGGAAUAUGGCCAAGUAGGGAAAAGUUCUUGGACAUUUAUUGUGGUAAUCUUGAUGUUGGAUUUGUUCCCAUAAAGGACAUGGGUAAGCUCCUAGGUAUUGGGAAGGAGUGCCACGCUGAAAGCUAG